AGUCCCCACGAGCUGGCCUUGACCGCUUCGAGGCGCAUGCCGAAACGGACGCCACCCGCGCCGUCGCUUCCGCCACCGCCGCCGCCGCCCCCUGCUGAAGAGUAUGGCGGCCGCUCAUACCGUCGCUGCCACGCGACAAGCGGCGGCGGCGGCGUCAGCAUUAGCGGCGGAGGCGUGUUGCAUCCAAUACUCCGUCCACCACGCGCACCUCGCGGCUCUCCUCAACCCUUCCCCGCGCUCGCCACCGCUUCCGCUCCCCCUCCGCCGCCGCCACCUCCCGCUCUCGCUACCCGCGGCCUCCCGCCUCGCCGCGUCCUUCCCGCCGCUCCCGCUCCUCGCCUGCCUCCUCCGCGCGGUCCGCCUCCUCCCGUCCCCGCCGCCGCGCCCCUUCGACGCGCUCAUCAGGUCCUACGCCUCCCUCCCCUCCAGUGCCUCCCUCGCCGCCGCGGCGCUCGCGUUCGCCAGGUCGGCCGGGUACGCCCCCUCCGUGCCCACCUACAACGCCGUCCUCCUCGCGCUCUCCGACGCCUCGCUCCCCGCUGCGCGGCGCUUCCUCGAUUCCAUGCUCCGCGACGGCGUGGCGCCCAACGUGUACACAUACAACAUCCUCGUCCGCGCGCUGUGUGGGCGCGGACAUCGGGAGGAGGCGCUCAACAUCAUGCGCGACAUGCGUGGCUCGGGGUGCGCGCCCAAUGCUGUGACCUACAACACGCUCGUCGCGGCGUUCUGCAGAGCCGGGGAGGUGGAUGGCGCCAAGAGGCUGGUUCGCAUGAUGCGGGAGGGCGGCGUGACGCCCAACCUUGUGACCUUCAACUCGGUGGUGAACGGACUAUGCAAAGCUGGGAGGAUGGAGGACGCACGCAAGGUGUUCGAUGAAAUGGUCAGUGAGGGGUUCGCGCCUGAUGGGGUCAGUUACAACACCUUGGUGGCUGGGUAUUGCAGGGAGGGGUGCUUGCAGGAGGCAUUAUCUACUUUUGCAGAGAUGAUGCAGAAAGGAGUCUCGCCAGAUGUGGUGACAUUUACAUCGCUGAUCCAUGUGAUGUGCAGGGCUGGGAACUUGGAGCGGGCAGUGGCAUUGUUGAGGCAGAUGAGAGAGAGGUGCAUCCGGAUGAAUGAGAUCACUUUCACAGCCCUGAUUGAUGGGUUCUGCAAGAAGGGAUUCUUGGAUGAUGCAUUGCUUGCGCUGAAGGAGAUGAGGGAAUGUGGGAUACAGCCUUCGUUGGUGUGUUACAAUGCGCUUAUAAAUGGCUAUUGCAUUGUAGGAAGAAUGGACGAGGCAAGAGAAUUGGUAGGUGAAAUGGAGGCUAAAGGAGUGAAACCUGACGUUGUGACAUACAGUACGAUUCUCAGUGCAUACUGUAAGAGUGGCAAUACAGAUUCAGCGUUCCAAGUGAAUAAAAAAAUGCUUGAAAAGGGCGUGUUUCCAGAUGCAAUCACCUACUCAUCACUCAUUAGGGGUCUUUGUGAGGAGAAAAGACUAAAUGAUGCAAAUGCGCUCUUUGAGAAUAUGAUUAAACUUGGCCUACAACCUGAUGAAUUUACGUAUACAUCACUUAUUGAUGGCCACUGCAAGGAGGGGAAUGUGGAGAAGGCUCUUUCUCUGCACGAUGAGAUGAUAAAGAUAGGAGUUCUCCCUGAUGUUGUAACGUACAGUGUGCUUAUUAAUGGUCUUAGUAAAUCAGCACGUAUUAAGGAAGCGCAACGGUUGCUCUUCAAAUUGUAUCACGAAGAUCCAGUUCCAGCAAAUAUUAAGUAUGAUGCCUUGAUGCAUUGUUGUAGAAAAGCUGAGUUCAAGAGUGUGUUGGCUCUCUUGAAGGGAUUUUGCAUGAAAGGUUUAAUGGAUGAAGCUGAUAAAGUAUAUCAAUCCAUGUUGGACAGAAACUGGAAGCUUGAUGGGUCUGUGUAUGGUGUGCUUGUUCAUGGGCACUGCAGGGGAGGAAAUGUUAUUAAGGCUCUCAGAUUCCAUAAACAAAUGUUGCAGUGUGGUUUUUCUCCAAAUUUAACAAGCACAAUUUUCUUGAUCAGGGGUCUAUUUGAAAAGGGGAUGAUUUUGGAAGCAGAUAAGGUGACUCAGCAGUUGUUGAAUUGUUGUUCCCUAGCUGAUGCAGAAGCAUCAAAGGCUCUCAUUGACCUCAACAUGAAGGAAGGUAAUGUGGAUGCAGUGGUAGAUAUUCUGCAUGACAUGGCAAGGGAUGGACUGCUUCCAAGUCCAAGAUGAGAGUGAUUCAGGCACCGCCCUCUCUUUGUGGAAUACUGGAGACCUGAUGAUAAUGUCUGAAUCACUUUGCAUCUCAUAACUCACAGAGAAUUAGAAUCAGUGUUCUGUGGUAGGAUAUGGUCUGCUACUCUGCCAUGAGUUGUGAUGUGCUCCAUAUUGAAGAGCUAAAAGAAGUUCUUUGGCCUCAUGCUGCAUGAUUAUGGAUGAAGAAUUUCAUGCCCAAAAGGAAAACACAGUUUAGAAGAGCUUGGAAAAUCAAAGUAUGUAUCCACCUAUAUCCUCAAUUAGUUAACUUUCAGAAAAGAAGCCAACAGCAAAACAGUAGUGGAUUUUAUCUGCCAUUGGGAGCAAAGCCAAUAUGUCACCAAACAGGAAAUUGUUGUUAUUUUCUGACUGCGAAAUUCAUGGAAAAUGAGGAGCAUGA